AUGUCUUUUGACGCAAAUAAGCUUGGGCUUUUGAGUAUGAGGAUUCCUGCGUAUGAGCUUCCACAAGCACAGAAAACUUCUCAGCCUAUUAAAUUACUUCAAUUUGGAGGCCCUUCUAAGCUACUGAAGCCAAUUCACCAAAAGCACACACAGCCGGCUGCGAUUCGUUCACAAAUACAAGAAGUUAAGAGAAAUCAGCACACUGAUGAAACUGGAUGCCAAACAAAUUUGGAAGAUGAUCUAAUAAGUUACCAAUAUCAAAAGGAUAUCGGGAUUAAUGCAGAUGAGCUUCAAGAUAUGCAAUUUUUAGAAGUCAAUGAUAUUGAAGAUAUUCCAUUGCAAACCCCUGCUGUGAAUUAUAGUGAAGGGAGAAUUCUAAUGCCAGUUCCAACACAGCAGUUUGAAGCAUCAGUAGAUAUUGAUGAAAAACAGUUUACAGAAUUGCCACCAAGACCUAUUAGCCCUUCAGUCCUUAGAGAUAUUGAAGAAAGCGCUAAAUUAAUUAGAGAGGAAGAAGAGAGGCUUGAAAUGCUAAGGAAAGAUCCAAUGUAUCAUAUAAAACAAACUAAAGAGUAUAGACUAAAGGUUCUUACUGAGCAGCUAGCAAACUUAGAGGAUGUUGCUUGCAAACUUGAAUAUGACAUGAAAAAUGAGAAUGAGAGAAUUGAAGAUAUCGAUUUAAAUUACAGAAAAGAGCUUGAAGCUGAAAAGAAAAAAGUAGCUUUGAGUAUUGUUGAAAAAAUGGAAAGGAGAAUUGAAGACUUGCAAGAUUAUGAUAAUGAAGAAGCAAGAAUUGCAAGGGUUUUGGCUGCGAAUAAACAGCUAUAUGGAGAAAUUGAUAGUGCUUUGAAGAAAAAAGAAAAAGGAGAGCACGAAGAAGUUAAAAUUGAGCAAGAGCAGCCAAUAGUGAUAGGCCCAAGUGUGAAAGCAAGGCCUGCUAAAUUUAAUGCGAGAGAAUAUAGAAAAAACACGAGAGGGAUUAUCACAAAAAGACUUAAUUCAGCAAUGGGAACUGCUCAGCAAGUGAUUCAAAUGUCUAAAAAACAAGUAAGGCCUGCUAUAGUUUCAAUGAAAUAUUAA